GUUUUUUUUGCAAUGAACUCUUCAUGCGUUAUUUUAUUAUUGUUUGUCUGUUUUACUAAACUGGGUAAAUUAUACCUUUUUAUGUGUUGUCAUGAUUUAUUUUUUAAAAAGUUGCACGCACUUCCUGGGUUCAAAUGAACAUUAUGAAUUCCUGUAAGUUGUGGAUAUCCACAGCCGUUAUCGCUGUGCUUUUCUUGCAACAUUCUCUUUAAAAGAGGAAGAAGAAAGCGAUAUCUGUCAUCAAAGGGUUUAAGUAUCACUAGUUAAUGCGAAGCAGCUGGUGAGGAUAAACGGAGCACGUUGGACAGCAGCACGUCAAGCAAAAUGAAUGAGACAUAUGAUGACUAUGAAUAUGAAUAUGUUUAUUAUUAUUAUUUUGAAGAAACUUGUGUGACUUGUUUUAAUGUACAGCUGAGGAAUGCUAUGAGAGCGGUUGCUCUGGUCUUCUUCUACCUGACUUUGAUCCUCGGUGUUCCUGGAAAUGCAUUUGUCGUGUAUGUUGCUGGAUUGAAGAUGAAGAGGACUGUUAAUACAGUAGGGUUUCUCAAUCUAGCGAUCGCCGACUUCUUCUGCUGCCUUUCCACUCUUUACUACGUGGUAGAACACUCUCUUAAAGAAAAUUGGCCGUAUGGAUCUGUCUUUGUAUGCAAGAUUCUCCCCUUCAUCAUGCUCAUCAACAUGUUUGCCAGCGUUUUCACCUUGAGCUUGAUCAGUCUGGACCGGUUUACUCAGGUGCUCACACCGGUUUGGGCUCAAAACCAUCGCAGCCUGUUCAUCGCUCGACUGUCCUGCGCAGCCGUCUGGAUUCUGGCUGCUGCUCUUAGUCUGCCUUUUAUGAUGUUGAGAGGGACUUUGAACGAAUAUGACACGAAGGUCUGCCUGUUUUAUAUGUUUGGUAACAAGCAAAUGUAUCAAAAUUUAAGCGUCGUCAGGUUUGUGUUCGGGUUUCUGGUUCCUCUCGUGUGCAUCACAACAUGCUACGGAUUCAUCGCAUGCAAGUUAGGCAGGAGUCAGUUUCGCUCUGGACGAGCGUUUCGCAUCAUGAUGGCUGUAAUCGUGGCCUUUUUUCUCUGCUGGCUGCCGUAUCACAUAGUGCAUCUGAUAUUAAUAAAUGGAGAUAAAUCGGUUAAUAUGGCAGCUUUGGCAUUGGAUCCGUUGGCCGUUUCUUUGGCGUAUUUCAACAGCUGUCUGAACCCCGUUCUCUAUGUUUUCAUGGGACAGGAUUUUAAGAGCAGCGUUAAACUUUCUCUAAGACGUGUUUUUGAAAGAGUUUUCUCUGAGGAGGAAGCACAAAUAACACAAAACACACACUCACAGCAAACACACUCACUGUAGUGAAGAUAUCAACUCAUUUAUACUGAGUUUUCUAAUUAAUUUAUUCUACCUGAACUCAUGAAUGUGUGUAUAAAUAGUACGGCCAAAAAAAAAAAAAAAAACUCUUGGUGUAUAUGUGAAAAAAUGUAAUUUGGCGUGUUUAUUCUAUACAGUGGAUAUAUAGGUUUGUGUGGUAGAUGCGUAUCGUAUGCAUGCAAAACUGCAUAUUAUAUGCAUGCCAAACACGAAUAACAUGAAUACGCCAAAGUCAAUUUUUGUGGAUCAAUACCACAAGUUUCUAUAAUUGCAGGUACAUUUGGUGUCCAAAGUCAUUGUUUUUUCAGCUUUGUUUUUAACUGGUUAUAUUUUUUAUUUUAAUAAUUUAAGAUGUCCAUAACAAUCAUAAUAAUUUAUUUCAAAAGUGUCUUAGCUAAAAAUCAUGAUUUCGUCUUGUCAAAUGAGUCGGUGUAUUUUUUCCAUCAUGUAUUGUGUAAUCAAAAUAUUUUAUAGUACUUUUGCCAAAUUGUUUUAUUUAUAAAAGCUUUAAAUAGUCACUUAAUAAUUCUACAACAUUAAAAAUUGUUAAUCUAUAAAUCUUGACUCAACUCUGUUACCAUACCACAUUUUCCCUGUAAACUGGUGAAAUUAUCUCUCAGAACUGUAUAAGUUAAAGGGAAAUGACGUCACCUUCCCUCUCUGAUAAGAUCUGAAAAGUAUGUGAGAAAAUAUUUUUUCUAGAGAAUGUUAUUUUUUUUUAUAGUACAUCAACUCACAAAAUUAAAGACAGCAGAAUUUAUUACUGAUCACACACUGGGUUAUUUAAAGAUCUUUUAUUCAUGUUUUCGUUAGUGCCAUGUGCUCUUAGCAUUUAUGCCAUAAAGUAGAGUUUUCGGCCGAAAAAGAGUCAAUUCUGUUAACGUCAACUCUGUUACCAGGGUAGACUAACAGUGCUGACAGUCGUGUAACAGAGCUGACAGUCUACCGGAUAAUUCUGUCAAUUCUGUUCUGUUAAUGAAACGGAAUCAAAAAACUGAUAUAUAUCACUGAAAUUAAACAACUGGAACUGGGGGGAAAUCUAAUUGUGAAAUAAAUGCUUUCUCUAGUUAAUAUUGGCCACAAUUAUUGACACCCAAUUAUUGCAGCACCGUUUUCCCAAGAUAACCGCUCUUAGUUGUCUCCUGUAAUGCCUGAAGAGUUCGGAGAACACCCGAUAAGAGAUCAGAGGCCAUUCCUUCAGGCAGAAUCUUUCCAGAUCCUUCAGAAUGCCAGCUCUAUGUUUGUAUCUCUUCUCUUCAGUUCACCUCGAUCAUUUUCUACAGGGUUUAGAUGU